AUGGAGACAGUGUUCCAGUUGGUCAGGGUUCGACUUCCGUCGUCCUCGUCCUCGUCCUCCUUGUCGUCGCCAACCUCUCCAGUUGCGAGUCCAUGGAGCCUUGAAGUCCCUGAAUCCACCAGGACGCUGCUUGAAGACAUUACCCAGCCAAUCGUCGUUAUCUCUUACUUGAGUCAGGAUCGGGAGGUGCGGGAUGCGUUGUGGACGGCAUUCAAGGAUGUAUAUGGAUGGAAUGCUCAACCAUCAACGACGACUACGACGACAUCUGGAGGACAGGAGAUAGCAACAGGGUUUUCGAUGGGUGUCUGGGGAUGGAUCUCUCCGCCUGAUACUUCUCAGGAUGAUGACGAAGUAGCAGCAGCAACAGGAGGAGGAGACUCCAAGGCUGUGAGGAGGUUGCAUCUAUUAUUUGGGGGUGACAACAACGAAGACCUUGCGGAUGAUGACACGGCUGCUGACGAAAGAUUGGCCAAUCAGGAUAUGGAAGGAGUUGAAAGAGUCGUCUGGUCGCUAUUGAGUCUUUGCUCGACGUAUCUGACGGUUAUGUCUCCUGGUCUGGAAGCGACACGGCAGGAUAUUGAGAGACUUGUCGGGUUGGUGCAGCCUCUUGUUGGGGAUCGUAAAGGAAGGAAUGAUGCAAGAGAGAAGGCGGUCUUGGAAUGGCGUUGGGUCGGACAGAAUAUCGUAGAUAAGGACCAGGAUCUGGAUGACGGUGACGAGAACGAAGGACGAGCCGUCCUGGAGAGUGUCCUUGACGACUAUGACGACAUCGAACAAACAGGAGAUAGCUGGAAGGUGUUGGAUACAGUGUGCAAGGUGUUUGAUGGUGUGAACUGUAAAGCACCUACGCCGGUGGGUGUUGAGUGGAGUAGAAGGGGGUCAGAGGUUGAUGCGAUUCGGGCCGAGGCCGCGACGGGAACGUUCCGGAUCUUGUGUGAUUAUAGCGUUGACGACAACAAGGCCGAGAAGCGAUAUCAAUGGAUCCGGAAGCUGUGGAUGUCGUUUGAUGGCUGUGGGUCUGGCGUGGAGGAAUGUGAGGUGGAGUAUCCUAAGAUGUUCUCUGACAAGAGGCCGAUCCCGUUGCCGUGGCAUACUUUGGCAAUGGUCCACUUGCGGGCGCAAUCGAUUGCCUGUGAGGAGAUUGAGGCGCGAUUUUGGGGAGCAGGUGGUGGUGGGUUGGGGCUAAAGCGGGAGCACCACUUGAGUGCGCUGGAUGAGCAUUGGCAGGCGCUGUUGAAGAAUCGGCUGUCUGGAGCCAAGAACGGAGUUAGUGGUGGCAGUAAUGGUAGUGGUGGUGCUUCACUUGUAGAGGGAUCAAGCUCUGGGCUCUCGAAAGCAGCUCCUCACAUCAAGGAUUAUACAGAGUUCUUGUUGGCGGUAGAUCAGGUACGGAGAGGAUACUUGGAGAGCUGUAUCCCAAGCCCAGAAGCACUCUCGGUGCUCGAGAACCUGGACGAAAUGCAACAAUCGGAAUCGAUCUUGUUCUUGCAAACCCUAGCUGCUACAGCUCCGGCCGUAAACAUUACAGCAACAACGACGGCAAACACGACAACGGCGAAUGCUCAGCAGCAGCAACAGCCAGCUUCAGCAAAGAGUCUGCGGUCAAAGCGGUACUCGAUCACCAACCAUCCGACUGUGGCGCUAAACGGACGAGAGUUGAUGAUCCACCCUGCGGCGGGGGAUGAUUCCAGGAUCAGUAAUACCAGCGGUGCCAGUAUAAGUAGCACGCGUCGGCCGAGUAGUAGCCAGGCGAUGGAGGCGCCGACAGAGUUGGAGCAGCAGAUUGCCGAUAUCUUGAUGUCGAAGCGUGGACGGCGCAAUUCUCAGGAUGACUCAGCUCUGACCUCCAGUAGGAAGUCAAUGGGUAGCAACAGGUCGAGCAGUCGUGGAACCAAGCGAAGUGCAAUGUCGUUGUUCCAGGGCAUGAGCAACGGCGCAGGAGUUGAACAGACAGCGGCUAACGGAAGUAUAGGCACAAUGCAGAGAAAGAGUGAGGAUAAAGACAAGGCGGUGGUGCAGUUUGGAUGGACGUUUUAUCUGCGUCACGCCAACAGCCUGCAGUAUGCCUGGAUCUGGGAUUGGCUGUCCACCCAUACCGGAUCGUCCCAUCAGAACGUUGUGGCGUGCGAUAAUAAGAUAUACACGGCUUCAAAAUGGAUGAUCCUCCCUGCAAGGGAUACUGUCGUCGCAAGGACAAGGGCUGGGAAGCAAAAGGAAUGGAAGAUUGCGUACGGAGAUCGAGUAUGGUUGGUGUCGUACUGGUACUCGACACGUAAUGCGAUCAUGGAGCUGCCAGAGUACCUCCCUCGGGCAAGAGGUGGAGCAUGUGGACAUGUUUUGCCUUAUGGCGAGACGUAUGUCAUUUGUCGGACGUGUCCUGCCGACGUUCUGUGCAUGCAGUGCUUCCGGGCUUCGGAUCAUGCCGAUCAUUCGAUGUAUCUGCAGUGCUCUUGGGGAGACUCUUCUUGCUUGAUCGAUGAAGAGGAUAACAGGGCCCUGUGUGUCCGAUGCUUCCACUCGCAUAACCACUACAAACACGAUGUGGUGGUACAACUGGCAGAGGCAGGAUCCAGCUGUAGCUGUGAAGAUGGCUAUUCCUAUAGGGACGACUUGAUCUGCACUUACCAUAGUCCAGGCGAACUAGAGGUUGAAUAUCGUCUCAGGACCAUUCCAACUGGUCACAACUCAACGGUUACGGAAUCAGACGACACUCUGACCACGACGGCGGCGACUGUCAGUGAAGAGCAUCGAUGCAUGCACGUGUUCCAACAGGACGAAGAUGUUUACCACUGUCAGGACUGUAGCACUCAUGACGGUGUGGCCCUUUGCAGUAGAUGCUUCUUUGCCUCCGACUGUGUGACCCACCAAUGGCGUGCUGGCCAGUUCUCGAGUGACAUACACGGCAAACGCGGCGGCAGCACUGGAUUGGCAGAUGACGCAUUGGCCUCCGUUGUUGACGGACUCGGGAUCAGUCAGGGCGCGUUCGGAGGCAGCACCGGUUCUAUGCAUCCGUUGGUGCAGCAGCAGCAGGAUGAAGCUGAAGUGGAGGAGGAUGUUGUUGUGAGAUGCGGAUGUGGCGACCCAAGUUUAUUCAAGAAGGCGUUUGAUUGCAACUACCACCUCCCACAAGAAUUCCGACCAGUGGCUCAGUCGCACCAUUGCAGCUAUCUCUUCCAGAGACAGGAAGUCAUGUUUCGAUGUCGGACAUGUCAUGUAUCCAAGAACAACGAGGAUGUUUGGAUUUGUGGACGGUGCUUCGUUCCGGCACAGCAUGUGGGCCAUGAGACUGAGGAGGCUGUGAACCAUUGGAAUGAGGGGCUGUAUUGCCGUUGCGGAGAUCCUGGUAUCUUUCAGGAUCAGGCUGUGUCAGAAGGAUUGGUGGCAGGGACAGAAUUGAGGUGUUGGGAUGAUCAUAAUCGACAGACUGUGUUGUGCGCCACAAAGAUCAAGGACGGCAUGUUCUACUACCGAUGCCAGGUAACUAUGCACUGA